AUUGGGGGGGGUGUUAUUGUUAUUAUUAGUAUUUUGUUUUUUUUUUUUUUUUUCGAUGGUUGUUUGUAACCACAGAUUACCGUCUUCGACCCUGUGACAACAACAACUGGAGUACACUGCCUCACUUCCCGACCAGACCACAGAGCUGUGUUUCAGAAGCUUUCACUGGAGCCAAAGUGACUCAUUCUGCAGAGGAAAACUCAGCUGCAGAGGGAAGAUGCCAUUGAUGCUGGUGUCCCUGCUCUGCUGUGUCACUGCAGCCAGGGCCUGUCUGCAGUGCGACCGCAGCAUCCGAAUGAUGCACGAGGACUUCAUCUUGUCUGCUCCCACUCUGCAAGACCAGCUCGACUUGCAAAGUAUUUGUGACCAAGCCUAUGUGACCUACAUAGAGACCAGUCAGGAACGAAAGGGGGUCAUUGAUCCCACUACUCUAUACAGAGCCAAAACUGAAUACCAGAGUGAAUUUGAUCGCUUCUUGAAAACCAAGCUCACUGGAUCUAUAACAUUUGAAGCUGUUCAGAUCAUGGAGAAAGGCAGGAAGAUUUUAGAGAAACAUCUGGAUGCUUUCGUCCCCAGUGAAUUAUGCCCCAACAUAUGUGGGCUUCUAAUUAGAAGAGUAAUGGAUUGCGUCUCUUGCCGCUACAAAGUAUACAUCUGUCCCUCUCCGACUGGACAACAGGACUGUGGUGAGUAUCCGGUGCAGGCUGAGGAAGGAGGCCAGGCUUUGUUGAAUUGUUUUCUUCCGUGGCACCGUCUUCUAUUGGGUAGACCGGAGUACCACUACUCCUGGGUGCCAGGAGCAUCAGAGACUGAUAAGAUGAAUGAAAGUGACUUCAGUGUCUUGGUAGUGACAGAAGACUCAUCUAUUGUCUUGAAUCAACUGCGUUUGGAUGAAGAAGGAACAUACCGCUGCUCCCUGCAAGCCCAAAAUGGGACCAUCUUCUAUCAAGCCACUUUCCCACUCACCGUCAUAUCGUCGCCUCACCAGACUCACUGGCCUUUAGUCACUCUGCCCUCCCUGCCUCAUGGAGACAGCUACUCACCUUUUCAGCCUACGGAGGCCUUGCUUGUGCCACUCAUCGCUGUGGUUACGGCUUUGACUCUGACAGCGAGCGUAGGACUCGCAGUUGUCCUGAGCGUGAUGAUGAAUCAGCAAAGAACAGCAACAGAACUGAGGAGAAGGAAGAAGGAGGAAAACGGGACCGAAAACAUGAUGUGAUAACUGAACUCAGUACAGUAAAAACACACUUUAAUAACA